AUGGUUGCAAAUCUUAGUUCAACUUCGUGUCCUGGGCCAGGUCCAACUGGUCAUUCUUCAUUUGUUUCAGCAGGGACUUUUUCAAGCUUGGAACUUCACGAGAAACGUGCACCCUCCAGUGCCAACAUGGAACUCAUGCUUGCAAAUCUUAGUUCAAUUUCAUGUUCUGAGCCACUUCCAAUUGAUUGUACUUCACUUGUUUCGGUGGGGGCUUCUUUAAGCUUGGAAUCUCAAGAGAAACUUGCUCCCUUUAGUGCCAACUCAGAACUCAUGCUUGCAAAUCAUAGUUCAACUUCGUGUCCUUGGCCACUUGCAAGUGGUCAUACUUCAUUUGUUUCGGUGGGGACUUCUUUAAGCUUGGAACCUCAAGAGGAACAUGCUCCCUUUAGUGCCAAUUCAGAACUCAUGCUAGCAAAUCAUAGUUCAACUUCAUGUGCUGAGCCACUCCCAACUGGUCAUUCUUCAUUUGUUUCAGAGGGGACUUCUUUAAGCUUGGAAAUUCAAGAGAAACAUGCUCACUCCAGUGCCAUCAUGGAACUCAUACCUGUAAAUCUUUGUCCGACUAUGUACCAGAAUCAUCACCCUCCUUCUUUGUUCGAUGAAGUAUGGAGACUAGAAAAUAUUGGCAAAGAUGGAGCUUUACAUAAGUGUUUGAGUUGUGAAAGCAUCAAUACUGUGAAGGAUUUUUUGACCCUACUCUUCAUAGACCCUGCAAGGCUUCAAAAUAUACUUGGCACGGGUAUGUCAGCUAAGAUGUGGGAAGUCACUGUGGAGCAUGCUCAGACAUGUAUACUUGAGAAGAGGAUGUUCUUGUACAACCCUCCAAGUUCUCAACAAAAAUGUGGUGUGGUCUUUAAUGUCCUGGGACAAGUGAUGGGACUACUUUUGGAAUGCCAGUAUGUUCCAAUUGAUGAGCUGUCUGAAACUGAGAAGGCUGAUGCCCACAACUUGGUUAUUUCUGCAUUCAAACACUGGGAGGAAGUUGUUUCUUUUGAUGAUGAAGCGUCCCUUGUGGGCAGCUUUCCACUGUUAACCAAUGUUUACACUGCAAGCUUGCCCAGGACAGAGAGUUCUAACGUGAGCAAGUUUUUGGCUUCUCACAAGAUUGGUGGGGGUUUGGACGAUUAUUGCUUGCACAGUAUUGACAGUAAGGGUCUCAGAUAUGAACAGGCUUUGAAUUUCCAAGAGUCAUUGAACCAUUCUUUCGAUGACGAUCAUCUGAACUUUUUUGAUACUGAUCUUCCAACUCAGAAUGUCAAUUUAAAAUUGCAAUCAGAUCUUCAGGAUGUUGUUGACAAUUUCUUGGCAGCACGUGCUGCCAUCGGGAGAGCUCGGAUGAGAUGGACAAAGCUAUUCAGCACGUUGAUAUGGUUCUCAAUAUGUGUGGCAUUAAGAAAACAGGUACUUGGCACAGAUAAGCCAGCUAAGACGUGGGAAGUCACUGUGGAGCGUGCUUGGACAUGUGUACUUGAGAAGAGGGUGCUCUUGUACAGCCCUCCAAAUUCUCCAGAUAUCAUGUCAUCCAUUUACUCUGUUGGGGGCAGUAGUGGUUUGGAUGAUUAUUACUUGCCCAGUAUUGACAGUAUGGGUCUCAAAUAUGAACGGGCUUCAAGUUUCCUAGAGUCCAUGAAAAAUUCUUUCAAUGACAAUGAUCUGAACCUUUUUUAUACUGAUCUCCUAACUCAGGAUGUCAAUUCAGAAUCGCAAUUAGAUUUUUAGAGUGCGGCUGACAAUUUCUAGUCAGCACGUGCUGCCACUGGGAUAGCUCAGAUGAGAUGGACAGAGCUAUUCAGUGUGCUAGAAUGGUUCUCAAUUCGUGUGGCUUUGAAAAAAUGGGUUCAAGAAAUUCCAAGAUACAGUAAUGGGUUAUGAAAAAAA